AAAUCACCGUUACGGCCACUGUCCAAAUCCCCGCGUCGCCGCACGCCGCCCGCCCGCCCGCUCCCACGCCUCAGCCACCGGCGGCGAAUAGAGACUAGAGCGGCAGCGCCGGCAGCGCGGGGCCGUUGCCCAGUGUGUGCAGUUAGAGCCCCAUCUCUCUGGCGUGGUUGUUAAUAGACUGGAAAGUCUGUGUCUGUGUCGCUCACUAGUAACCGUGAGUUUUUACCACUUCGUCACCUGUCGGCGGCGGCCGGGAGCAGGUGCCCGCAGGCGGCGCAGGGGGUCCGCCCGCGCCCCGCCGCCGCCGCCGGCUUCGCAGACCUGCCCUCCAGCCCCCCCCGUUCUUGACCAAACAUGACAGACUGUGAACAUGCAGGGCACGACAGAGAAGAUGGUGAAUUAGAAGAUGGUGAAAUAGAUGAUGCAGGAUUUGAAGAAACACAACAACAGGAAGCGAAAGAGGAUAAAAAGCAGAGAAAUGAGAAAAAUGAGAAAAAUGAGAAAUCCUACAGAAAAUCAAGGAAAAAACACAAGAAAGAAAGAGAGAAGAAAAAAUCCAAAAGGAGAAAACGUGAGAAACAUAAGCAUAAUUCUCCAUCAAGUGAUGAUAGUUCUGACUACAGCCUUGAUUCAGAUGUUGAACAUACAGAAAGUUCCCAUAAAAAGAGAACUAGUUUCUACAGGGAUUAUGACAUUCCAUUUCCUCAGCAUGGACACAUAUCAGGAAGCUACAUGACAUCAAAGAAGGGUCAACAUAAAAAAUUUAAGAGUAAGGAAUAUGAUGACUACAGUACCUACAGUGAUGACAACUUUGGUAACUACAGUGAUGACAACUUUGGUAACUACGGUCAGGAAACUGAGGAAGAUUUUGCCAGUCAGUUGAAACAAUACAGACAUGCUAAAGAAACCUCAAAUACUGCUUUAGGGUCAUCAUUUUCUAAAGAACCAGGCAAAAAAAGAAUGAAAGGAGUUCAACAAGGUACUGAACAACAGAGAGUUAAAAGUUAUAAUGUUGGUCGUGGACGUAGUUUGCCGAAGAAAAUCAAACGAAAAGACCGUGGAGGAAGAACUAAUAAAGGACAUGUUUUUUCAGGAACGGAUGACUAUCAAGAGUAUAGUAAACCAGGGAAAAAGUGGAAGGUUAUGACUCAGGAAUUUAUUAAUCAGCACACAGUGGAACACAAAGGAAAACAAAUCUGUAAAUACUUCCUGGAAGGGAGAUGUAUUAAGGGAGAUCAAUGUAAAUUUGAUCAUGAUGCAGAGUUGGAGAAGAGAAAAGAGAUCUGCAAAUUUUAUUUACAAGGAUAUUGUACCAAAGGAGAGAACUGCAUUUAUAUGCAUAAUGAAUUUCCAUGUAAGUUCUAUCAUACAGGAGCAAAAUGUUACCAAGGAGAUAAAUGUAAAUUUUCCCAUGAUGAUCUGACUAAAGAAACAAAGAAACUUUUGGACAAAGUAUUGAAUACUGAGGAAGAACUUAUAAAUGAAGAUGAAAGAGAAUUAGAAGAACUUAGAAAACGUGGCAUAACUCCUCUUCCCAAACCGCCUCCAGGAGUUGGGCUUCUGCCAACCCCACCAGAGCAUUUUCCCUUUUCUGAUCCUGAAGAUGAUUUUCAGACAGAUCUUCCUGAUGACUUCAAGAAAAUCCCUUCUCUUUUUGAAAUAGUUGUAAAACCUACUGUGGAUUUAGCACAUAAAAUUGGGAAGAAGCCACCAGCAUUUUAUAACAGUGCCUCACCACCGGGACCACAAUUUCAGGGAAGCAGCCCACACCCUCAGCACAUGUAUAAUUCUGGGUCAAGUCCAGGUCCAGGACCUAAUGUGUCUCAGGGAUGCGGUAGUCCUGUGAUACACCCAGGCUCUCCUGGGCAUCACCCAUGUGCAGGUCCUCCUGGCCUACCAAUGCGACACAGCCCGCCUUUGCCACCUGGUCCACCUGAAAUUGUAGGCCCUCACAAUCAAGCUGGAGUACUUGUCCAACCGGAUGCACCUUUGACAGCACCAAAUAUGAGUGGGGCUUAUCACUCCCCGGCAUUUCCAGGACAUGGGAUGAAGGUCCCCAGAGAGAAUCACUGUUCUCCAGGUUCAUCAUACCAGCAAGGUCCUGGGGAAAUGCCACUCAAUACCAAUUAUGAAUCCCUUCAAACCCCAGAUGAGUUUUAUGGUAAUUACUAUUCACAGCAUGCUGUACAUAAUUUUCAGACACCCAGUAACUGCAGUGAUGGGAUGUGGCAUGGGGAAUUUGCCCAGCAGCAGCCUCCCAUGGUUCAAGACUCACCUAACCUUGGGAGUGGUGGGUCUGACUGCAGCAGCAACGUCACAGGCCAUGGCUCCUUGUCUGCUCCAGGGCUCCUCCCUGCAGUGCAGAGAGCCCUUUUUGUCAGACUUACUCAAAGAUAUCAAGAAGAUGAAGAACCAGCCAGCACUCAUCCUCAUCGGGCACCAAGCAAGGAAGAAGAUGAUACGGUUAACUGGUAUUCCAGUAGUGAAGAGGAAGAAGGAAGCAGUGUCAAGUCAAUACUGAAAACGUUACAGAAACAAACAGAAACUUUAAGGAACCAGCAACAGCCUUCCACAGAACUUAGCACUCCUACUGAUCCAAGACUUGCUAAAGAGAAAAGUAAAGGAAAUCAAGUGGUUGACCCUAGACUUAGGGCCAACUCAAGGCAAGACGUUCGAAAACCGUCCGAGUCUGCCCCACUGGAUCUCAGACUUGCAUGGGAUCCCAGGAAAUUAAGAGGGAAUGGAAGCGGUCAUGUAAGCUCUUCUGUUGGUGGAGCAAAGUUUGAUUUACAUCACACAAACACUGGUACUAAUGUCAAACACAAGAGAGGGGAUGAUGAUGAUGAAGAUACAGAAAGAGAACUGAGAGAAAAAGCCUUCCUCAUACCUUUGGAACCCUUACCUGGUAUAAUGCUCCAGGAUCCAAGGUCGCAGUUGAGACAGUUCAGUCACAUUAAAAUGGACAUUAUCCUAACCAAACCCAACUUUGCAAAACACAUUGUGUGGGCUCCUGAAGACUUACUUCCAGUACCUUUACCUAAACCUGAUCCAGUAUCUUCAAUCAAUUUACCUCUGCCCCCUCUAAUAGCUGACCAGAGGCUCAGUAGGUUAUGGAAUACAAAAAGCGAUCUUCAUCAAAACAUAGUAUCUAAUGAUCCAAAAUUAGCAAUCAAAGCCAAAAGUAACACAGCAAACAGAGAAGGCUACCCAGAACAAUUUGGAGACUCACAUAGUUCAGGAAGUAAAUUAGGAGAUCCUAGGCUACAAAAGAAUUUCGACCCUAGGCUUCACAGACUGCCCAAUACAGAGUCUCAUCAGGUGGUUGUGAAGGAAUCACGUUCAUCCAAGAGCGCCCCUCAUUCAGCCAGAUCAAACUCGGGUUCAUCACAGUCCUCGGGGGCAGUAACUAGCAGUGCUAGUUCUGGGGCUCUGCCUCCAUACGCUCCUAAACUCUCAUCUUCAGCAGGCCUUCCACUGGGAACUCCCAGUUCUGUCCUUAGUGCUAUUAGUUUGUAUGACCCUAGGGAGCAGGGUUCAUCUACAUCAGAGGUAGCAACAGCUGCUUUAGGAGAAAAUUCAGAGAAUGAGAAAAAAAGUGGUGGGUUAAAAAGUAACGACAAAAACGAGCCUUCCCCUGGAGAAGCAGUCCUGCCACAGCAAAGCUCUCCAGAUGUGGAAGGCACUGUCGAUGGGCCUGCUGACACACAGGUGGAUAGUCUCAGAAGUCCCAGUAAGGUCCAGUUCCCAGCAGUGCACAGUCUUCCUAUUCAGGCCCUCACAGGUUUGAUUAGACCCCAGUACAGCGAUCCAAGGCAGUCAAGGCCACCUGGACAAGUGAGCCCAAUUCCAGAUAGUGACCCCAAUAGAGAAACAGAUGAUAAAUCUCUAAAAGAGGUUUUUAAAACUUUUGAUCCAACUGCUUCACCAUUUUGUUAGCUGUUCUGUAAUCAAGCAAUUCUUUUCAUUCUUGUGACUAUUGCAGUCCUCUGCUGUUUUGUAACUGGUUUACCUCUAUAGUUUAUUUAUUUUUAAAUUAUAAACACUUUUCAGCUGCUAGUAUCAGAACCACAUGAAGUUAUAUCCUCUAAAGCCUGUGGUAUUUUAUAUAAUAUUUUUAUAACUUUAAGAGACUGUAGUAAUUGACAUAGAAACUUAUAUAUCAUGUUAGUUUUAGUAAAAGUACUUUUAUUGUAAAUAACCCAUUAUGAACUCAAUGCUCUGCCUGAAUAUAUGCUAGUUGUCUUUCAUAAUCAAUGUUUAGAUAAAUGAUUACCACUUUUAUAUGAUUGUUUAGUUGCAAGCAAUUGAUGUACCUUACUUUUGAGAAACAGUAUUUUGACUAAAACCAUCUCCAUUUGUCAGCCCAGAACUGAUUAGUAUGUAAUGCCAACUGCUAACUAAAAUACAAAAUGAAGUAAAGAAAAUAUUUUACAAUCAAAAUUAGCAGAGCAGUUACUGUUUAAGGGCAUCACUUUAUUAGUAUUGGUAAUACUGUUUGUGUAAAUGAAGCAUUUGAAUGUCAUAUCUUUUAAAAGUAUUUUAUUGUAUACUGUAUCAUAGACGUUGGAAGGUAUAUAAAUAGAAGAAUGUUUUGCUAAAGGGAAAGAUUCCCAAGUUCUCUAACAUAACUUUUUAAAUUUAAUUUUUCAUAUCAAAUAGUCAUGAGUUAUUGCUGUUACAUUGUGAUGUUUAUGUAUCUCAAUGUUUUUGUCUUUAGCAGCAUAAUUUAUAUUACUUUUCCAAAUAAUGUAGCUGUAAUAAUUGUGCUCAUCAUGGUUUUGGCAAUUUUUAACAAAAUUUUAAAAGAUAUGGUGAGUCUGUAGUGAUUAUUACAUUGAUAAUGUUUUAAAUGUCUAGGUUCUAUAUUUUUUCUUAAACAGCAAGAAAACAUAUAGAUUGCAGGUAGUCAACUAUCUAUGUCUUAUCAAUAAAGAACCUCUUUCAGUUCUAACCUGACUGGCAUUCUGUAACAGAGGGGAUUACCUGGCAUUUUAAGUAUUUAAUGCCCUCAUAUUUUGGAAAUAUAAAUUGAUAAGAAGUUGUAUUUUUAUGAAAAACAACUUAUAUUCAUUCUUUAUCAUAGUAUGUAGGUAAUAGCAGCUCUGUUUGUUUUAUACAUACAUGAUUUAUAACUGAAACUAAGUAUUACACUGACACAUAUCUUGAACUGGAGUUUCCUGACUGUGUUUGCUGGUAUAAACUCCAGUAAGUAACUUGAAAAAGGAGUAUUUCAUGAUAAAAGAUUAUGAAAGUAGCUAGUAAAAUCAGUUCUUAGAUGAAAAUAGCUACCCUUGAGAAGUGAUUUUAAAAAUAUACAGCAAAAUAUUUGUGUGGGAACCUUAACAGUCAGAUAGCAUAUGGUUUGAUAAUAAUGAAAAUCCUGCCUAUUCACUUCUCUGUCCACUUUUUCUUGCUUCAAUUCCAUGGUAAAACAAGGAAACGUGGUUGCAGUUAAGUGAAUGGAACUCUGCCCACCUACGAAGUUCAUUGUAUUCUCUGUGGAAGGACAGUUAGAGGGAAAGUGAAUUCUUACUGCCUAAAAAAUGGCUCUGGAUAAAUUUGCGGGUUGAAAAAAAAUACAGUUUAAAGUCACCAUAGAAAGUAUUUUCUGAUUUAGUGUCCAAAUUAACUUUAUUGUUAAUUGAAAAGUCAAUAAAAUGGUUAAAUCUGACAGACGAAAAAAAUUAUAUGUAUGUCCCAAAGCACAAUUUACUCUUUAAUCAGUAUCAAAUCGGUACAAUUUCUGAAGUUUAGUACAUGAAAUAUUUUAGCAAAUCCUUAACUCAUUUAUUUUAUAAUUGUUAAGUAAUGCAGUUUACAUUUUAAAUGUCAUACGAAAGAGAUAAUUUGGCUUGUUAAAGAUCAGAAUAGGACCCAGAGAGCAAGUGCGUGGCCUCCCAGUUGCGAUGCCUGCAUCCGCUGUCAGAGUGCGUGCUUUGAUUCUCACAUCUGGCUCCUACUUCAGUGUCUUGCUAGUGCAUCCCUGGGAAGCAACAGUGGUGGCUCAGCUGCCACCCACGUGGUAGACCUAGGUUGUGUUCCUGGCUCCCAUCUUGGCUCUGUCCCAGACCUGACCAUUGCAAGGCGUCUGGGGAGGGAAUCAGCAUAUCGGGGAAUCUUUUGCUCUCUCACUCCCUCUACUGUCUUCCCUUCUGCUCUCUGCUUCCCCUCUCAAAUAAAUAAAAAUGUAUGAAAACAUGGGAUUAAAAUUCUUGAUAGAAAUUCUUUUUUACUACUAAAGGAGAUGUUGAAAGAUUAAUUUAAAUAUAACAUUUAAAAGUCAUUAAUGCGAAGUGUGUAAUGUUCAUUAAUGCAUUAGUUUUGAGUCCUUAUGGCAUUAGCUGAGGCUAUUUUACAAGAAAGUUCAGCGUAGUUUCAAA